AUGAAGCAUAGAACAGGGACACUUGUCUGUCUUGUAGUAAUUAUGUUUACCGUGAUUGGUAUCUCAAUUUAUCGAUCCAAUCGUCUGCCAUCACCAGGCAUCAUGAUCACAGCGAAGGGCUACGUUACCAUGGACGAGCUGGAUCUGGAAGUUUUUGCUCCUCACGGUUUUAGACUUAUGGGUGAAACGGAUACUAUCCCCUUGUUGGACUUCAUCAAGAAACCCACAUGUGAAGAGGUGUUUGAUGAAUGGCUGGAGAUCACUCUUGCCAAUGAUCAGUACCGAGUGCCACCGAAAAUCAUUCCGCCCUCGCUGACAAAGAAGUACCUCAUGAACGGGCAUGCUCACUUGAUAGAGAAUUUUCACAUCAUCAAGCUUUGUGUUAAUAAUCACCAAGGAACAGUCUUGGCUGUUUACCAUGCCUUCGAGCUCCAUCCAUUGGACGGUAAAGUCGGCUUCGUUAUUGGAUCACAAACGCCAUGGGUUGAGGUGUUCGCGUUGCUGAAUGGAGCGAAAGAGGUAACUACUGUUGAAUAUCAGCACCUAAAAAUUAAUGGUACAGAAAAAGUUCGUUAUAUGCAUCCCAUCGAGUUUGCCAAAAACUGGAGGAAGUGA